UAUGUCGUGUGUCGCUCGAACUCAAAACAAAAAAAAUUGUUAGUGGUUUUUUUUCGUGCGAGUUGCAGCAACGUUCUGCUAGCGGUUACGUUCGUUUAACUACUAAUUAUUAUAAUAAAAAAAAAACGCGACGGUAGUUAUAAAGUGAAAACCAAACAGCAAUUCACAUAAAUAUUGCACACAAAGGAACGAAAUAACAGUCAGCAACAACAAAACCAACAAUAAUAGUUUAAACAAACCAAAGGUUUUAUUUUUCUUGAUAAGAACGCGCUGAUAGAGCGGCUAAGACGUAUUGAAAUUGCGACUGCACGAUUGAUGUUGCACAAUAGACAAAUUGUAUAAGAAGACUGAAGAAAGUACGCUCCCACACACACACACACACACACGCACACAUAAAUACACUCACACACAUUAAACCCAGCGCUAGAAAAACAAAGAACACUGCGAAAAUGUCAUCACGUUCCAAAGAGAGAGUAGUCACCGCGAUUCGCAAGAUCUUCCACAAGUCCAGCAACAACAACAACAAUAACAACAACAACCAUAAUAAUAACCACAACAACAACAACAACAACAGCAACAACAGCAGCAGCAGCAACGAUAAGAGCAGCGAUAAAGUCGAUGGCGCCGAGCACAGCACCAGCAGCAACAAUAAUCUGAACAACAACAAUGAAGUCGCUGCCGCAUCCACAGCCACAGGCAACGCAGCAGCAACUGGGGCAGCAAACGAUGUUGCAGCUGCAGCUGCUGUAGCUGGAGGCGGCACAGCUGGCCAGCCCACUCCAAAGAAUGCGAUCGUGCGCGUCGCCGCCGAGCAGCCAGUCUGCGAGUCUCCGGGCAAACGUCGCCGCCAGGAUCACAAAGUGGCCCCAACAACUGGACGCUCGCUGCUGAUGCCACCCGAUGCUAGCAUACGCUCGCGUCGCCUGAUGAAGGAGUAUCGGGAAAUGGAACGCCUGCAGACCAAGGACGAUGCCGUUUUUACGGUGGAGCUAGUCAAUGACAGCCUGUUUGAGUGGCAUGUGCGUUUGCAUGUCAUCGAUCCGGAUUCACCGCUGGCCCGCGACAUGGUUGAGAUGAAUGUGCCGGCCAUUUUGUUGCAUUUGAGUUUUCCCGACAACUUUCCCUUUGCGCCUCCAUUUAUGCGUGUUGUGGAGCCGCGCAUCGAGAAGGGUUACGUGAUGGAGGGCGGCGCCAUUUGCAUGGAGCUGCUCACACCGAGGGGCUGGGCCAGCGCCUAUACCGUGGAGGCGGUAAUCAUGCAGUUUGCAGCCAGCGUUGUUAAGGGCCAGGGCCGCAUUGCGCGCAAACCGAAAAGUACAAAGGAGUUUAGUCGCCGCCAGGCAGAGGAGUCAUUCCGGUCGCUGGUUAAGACACACGAGAAGUAUGGCUGGGUUACGCCCGCUCUCGCCGAUGGCUAAAGAUGCAGUCCCAGAUGGACAAGCCCGCCGCUCGCCAUAGCAGCUCAUGCGUUUGCCAACUUAGUCAACUAAAUGAAUGCAACUCGAUUUCCAUUUAACAUACACACCGCUCAUUACGAUACUACAAAAUAGUUGUAGGAUGCUUAUACUGAAAAUUGAUUUCAUUUCUUUAAUUUAGUUAAGUAACAUGUAAACGAUUUCAAUUGUCGCAAAUGAAUACCAUCCAAGAGGUAGAAGAGGAAACUAACAAAGAAAUUAGCCUAAAAUGUAAUUUAGCUGUAGAACACCCAUGGAAAUUACGCAAAAACAAAAUAAUAAUAAUAAAAAGAAAGUAUUAUAACUUCAUUAA